AUGCUCAAGCUCGCACUGCUUCUCGCAGUGUGCCACCUCGGCAUUGGUCAGCUUCUCCCCGGCGGCCAAUCAACGGAUUAUGUGGCGAAGCGCGUCUACCUCAAAUAUCCGUCGUCGUUUGUGAAUCUGACGUCGGAAUCGUGGAAGACAUCAGCUAAUGACGAUCAAAUAGUCAUUGGUCUCAAAUUCCAAUCAGUGAGCACAGUUGGUCAAGUCUACAGUGUACGCUUCAUUAAUCCGAAUGGAGCACUUGAAGCUUUGCUUCGCGUGAGCCUUGCUGAAGGUUUCCUUCAAAUCGAAUUGUUCAAUAAGGAGUCGCAAGGGAUAUUGAACAAACCAAUCGGGAAUAUUCCAAUCAAUGUGAAUGAGCAAAAUCUCGCGUUGAGUCUCAACACGACGUCCAAAUCUCUUUGGUAUCGAAUUGGUUCGACCGACAUGAGCGCUGAAAUCAAUGAAAUUUUGAAUAUUGGGAACACCGAAAUUGUGGUGACUCUUGGCGGCGGAGGCCAAUCAAUGAUCGGCUGCGUAUCGCUGAUAGCGGUUUCUGUAGGCAAUGGAAGUCCUGUCGCCGAGGUGCACCCACUGGGAUUGGCCGACAUCGACGAUUGUCCAGCUCCGGAUGAAUGCACUACUAGAGAUUGUCAUACGGGACGAUGCAAACUAUUGGAGGUGCCGACUUGCGAUUGCUACAGCACUGAAAUGACAGGCCCGAAUUGUCGAACUCCCGGCACUUCGCUCAAACUUCGAAACAACGAUGAUGAGGAAUCAUCGGCGUUCAUUCGAUUCACACCAUUCGCGACGUCGCAAACUGUCAACCGAAUUACUAUGGAUUUCAAGUUUGGCGGUGAUAUCGAGACGCAAGAGGGUGUUUUGGUGUACGCAGUGACCACCAAAUCGAAAAUUCUCAAGAUUUAUGUGGUCGCCGCGAAAGGAAAUGUGAUGUUCGAUGGAAGGACAAUAUUGGACUUCGAACUCGAAGCUCGAUCGAUUCAUUCGUUGGUUGUUCGAUUGAAUGAGACGGGAUUCUCAUUGUUCGUCGAUGAUCGAAUCCAGCGAGUCUUUCUACCCGAUGCCGUUCAAUUCGAAACAAUCCAAUUCGGUGCUCCGAUUGCGAAUGAGGGAGUCGCUGAAGUUGGAAUCACCGCAUGCGUCAAGAAUGUCUAUGUUGAUCAUUUCGAUGUCAUCGAUUUGCUGAAUAAUAAAGAUCCAAGGGCGACUUCGACGAAAAUGGAAACAUGCACUGAUAUUGAUGAAUCGCUUGCGGCGAUUGAUGGAUCCCCCAUGUUCUCGCCAGAUCCGCUCGUGAUUUUAAACCAAAACGAUGAUGAAAAAAAUGAAACAUCGGAAGAGGAUUCUUCAAUUAAUUUGGCGAAUAUGUUCCCGAUACCGUCAGGAAAACAAUCAAAGAGUGGCGAAAACGCGAAACGAUGCGAAAAAUCGCAAGAUUAUUUGUGUCAAAAUUCGGCAAAAUGCGAGAAAACUGGUGAAAAAACGUUCAAAUGUUUGUGUCGCGAUGGAUAUUUAGGCAAAUAUUGCCAAUUUUCAAUUCUACCGAAAAGUUGCGCAGAAGCUCGCGAUUUUUUCAAAUUAGCUGAUGGACCCACAAGAAUUGAUGUAGACGGAAGGAGAUCAAAUGAGCCGUCGGUGGCACUUUGUAUUAAUGGAACAACUGUCGUGAUACAUGAUAUGAAGCCGAAGACGGUUGUGCGGGACGCCGGCUUCAACACACACUCCUUAUUUGCAAUUGGCUACAGAGACUUCAAGCCAUGGCAAUUAUCAAGUUUGAUCACUUCGUCUGGGUUCUGCGGUCAAAAUGUGAGCUAUCGUUGCAAUAAAGCUCCAUUAGGAUUUGAAGCUGGUCGAACGUGGUUCAAAUCGGCGGUGAACGCGUCGCGACGAAUUCAGCAAAUUGGAAAUAUUCCGAAAGCAUGCGCGUGUUUGGAUUCCGGAUGUCGAAAUGGGGAGCGAUGCAAUUGCGACGGAAAUUCGAUAUCUGAGGAUUUCGGACAAUUGACUGGGCCGAAUUCGGGAAUUACCGAGAUAGUGGCACUUCAUCGAAAAUCUGAUGUCAAUGCCGAAAUGACUUUGGGAGAAUUAAUGUGUUCGGGAUACGAAAAUGAUGCGAAACCAAUUCGAUUUGUAAAGAAAACCGAAUUGGAGCUGUUCGAUUGGGUCGGAGAAUCGGUUGAACUCCAAUUCCGCACGAAUGACCGAACGGCGACAAUUGGCAGAAUUCGCGGGAUCAAUGAUGAGCUCCUCGUCACCGUGUCUCUUUUGGAUGGUCACACUAUUGAGUUGAAGCAUUUAGAAACUGUAAGAACAAUUGAAUCACAAAACAAACUAAAUGAUAGUCAAUGGCAUCGCAUUCUCCUCGAGUUUUCUGAUGGAGAAUUUCGAUUCUCGAUUGAUUCCUCAAAUAUUGUUUUGGGAAUUGAGGAGACCGUUGUUCUUCAAGGAAGAUUAGUGAUAUCCGAUUACAAAAAUGGAAUCAUUGGAUGUAUUCGUUCAUUGCGCUUCAAUGGAGAUGGCGUUGAUUUGCACAAGUUUAUAAUGAAUCGAGACGAUGAAAUCAAGAAGACGUGCGCCACGCGAUGCAAUCAGAAUAUUUGCGAGAACAACGCGAAAUGCUAUGACGAUUUUGCGACAGAAACCUCGUAUUGUCAAUGUUUGUUGCCCGAAAUUCAUCAAGGAGAAAACUGCGAAAUUAAUGUGAAUACAAAUUCGUCGGUUUCGUUUUACGGAGGACACUUCAAACUAAUGAAUACAUCGAAUCCGCUUACCUCGAAUGUCUAUUUCUCAUUCCGAACCGAUCAGUCUGAAGGAUUGUUGUUGUUUGCUCAUGAUGAGAACAAUAACUUCCUGCAGGUGCAUUUAUCGGAAGAAGUCAAUAUUACUUUGACCGUCAACAAUUUGGAUAUUGUCUCAAAAUGCACAGUUCGAGCUCAACGAGGUUCCGAAUUUGGGGAUAUGCGAUGGUUCCAAGUGUUCAUUUCGCAUACCGCCGAGUCUUCUCAAAUUCAGGUCGACGAAGCAGCGUGCAUCAUUCGAACGACGCGUAGUUUAUCGCAAAUUCCGAUUCAGCGAUUCCUUGAUGUUCAUAAAUCGGAUAUCGUUCGUCUGCCGGUUGGACUCACUAAUCCGGUCAAUCCUGAUCCAUUCGUUAUCACCUUUAUUGGCAAUGUUGAUACCGGUGCCAAUCAGAACGAUGGGUCCAUCGUUCUGAGCCCGAGAUAUGAUUCUCCAAUCAAGCAAUUCUUCGGAUGCAUUCGCGGAUUGGUGAUUGACAAGAAAACGAUUGAUUUGAGAGGAGCAGCCGCCGCAAUUGAGGACACAAGCUCGAUUCGAAUCGGAUGCGAUGUUGGAUGCGAAGAGGUUGAUUGCAGAAACGGAGGACAUUGUUCGGUUGGAUGGACCAAUUUUGAUCCGACAGCUCUCAAAACGGCGUGCGAUUGUUCGCGGACAAGCUAUUCUGGAGCAACAUGCUCCGUGGACGAUGGUGUCCAUAUUGCGUCCGGCGGAUUCCUUCAUUUCGAAAUCGGACGAGAAUUGCGUCGACUCAUUUUUCAAAACGCAAAUGUUCCCCAAAUUUUCAAAUUCGCAUUUUCAACUAAUGGGCCAAUCAAGUUGAAAAAGAAACAGCAAAUUGCUAAAAUUGAAUUCUCGAACGGAAGAUUGCUCGAAGUCGAAUUGAAUGUCAAUGGGACCAUUAAUGUCGGUGUGAUUUGGGACAACUCAAAAGACGAUGUUUUGAAUUUCGAUGGCGAUUUCGCUGAUGGUUAUCGACAUUUUUUCGUCGCCCAAUUCAAUUCGAAACGAUCCACUGCGAUUAUGAUCGACUCGUUCCGACAAGACAUUCCGUUCCAUUCGAAUAAUCUUGACAUGUUCUCAGCGAAUUUUAUAAAUAUUGGAAAAGAUGCGUUAGAUGGCAGCAACGGAAAAGCGGGAUUCGAAGGAUGUGUUUCAAAUAUACUAAUUGAUUUCCAAAGCGGAGCCACCCUCCAAUUCGCACCGAUCAGUUACUUCAAUGAUGUUGGGCAUGCGCUUCAUCGUCUCAUUACUUCACAGAAUCUCGAAAAGGGCGCUUGUGCCGCAUUCCGAAUUCCGAAUGCGUUGCCAGUUUACCAGAAUCGCGUCGAGUUUCCUGUUUGGGAUACCGCGUUUCAGCGCCAAAUCUAUCGAGGACCUAUUGAAAAUGAGCCGCCCGUUUGGAAUAAUGAUGAUCAUCGAUCAAUUAUUUCGAUAAUUCUUGUGCUUGCAAUUAUAAUUUUGAUCGCUUGUUUGGUUGCUCUUGUCAUUAUUCGAUGUUGUAAAGAGAAAAUUUACAACAGAGAUCAUGGAAUGAGCCUGGACGAGGAGAACAUGCGACUUAGUCCGACAUCAUAUCGGCCACAGCAGCCAAGUCCACCGCCCCAAAAGAAAUCAGCAGCAAGUUAUUAUGUUGUUCCAGAUCCAAAUAUCGACUUCAAAAGCGAGAAGCACUCGCGCGGCACCAGCAUCACUUCAUCGGGUAUCAGUGGAUAUUUCACCGCUCAGGAAGAACCGCUUCUCGACGACAAUGAUCCGGACUCAUUUUUGAACAUCAACUCCGACGACUAUGAUCGGGUUUCGAAGACCGACAGCGACGCGACACUUCGACAUAUUGAUGAUGAUCUUUCGGAUAGUGACGUCACCGUUAUAUCCCGGCCGACCCAAAUACAACACAUUCCGCAACGAGUGUCUUCAUUCCGCGGCGGUGAUCCAACAGCUCCAAAGGAUAGUCCUCUGUAUUCGGAAUCUCGAAGCUCGGCCAGCCCGAUGCCUGUAAAUGUGCCAGUUCCUCCUCCACGACUACACCAAACUGACGUUUAA